AUGAGUACAUCAUCAAUAUCACCGUCCAAAUCCAAAAUGAUGAGAGUAUCAUCAUCACUUUUUAUGAUACUGGCAAUACUUCUUUCUUUCAAUUUCAAAGUUGGUAUGAGUGAUGAUGAUUCCAUUCUCCCUCCUAAAGAAAUAACAGUCACCAUUAACAACAAACUGAACAUGAAACUUGGUCUCCAUUGCAAGGACAAGCAUUCGGAUUUUGGGUUCGUAGAACUUCAAGUUGGUGAGAGUUGGAGCUUCGAGUUUUAUAACCCUUUUCGCAUUUGGUUCUCGCCAUUGUAUUGGUGCAUGUUUACAUGGUAUAAUGAGCAAGAAGUAGUGCACUACUUUGAUAUUUAUGUUGGUAAACGUGAUUGGCCAAAUAGAUGCUCUUACCUUUGUGUUUGGGAUAUAUUUGAAGCACAUCCGUGUAGGGUUACCGGUGGAGAACCUGAGUGUUUUCCUUGGAAAAAUAAUUAA